AAAGCAUAGUCUGAUCAUCUUGAAGUUUCUAGUCAUCAUACACAUAGAUGAGCAUAAUUGAUUGCGACUUCAAGUCUAGGAACAUAUUAUAGUAGAGUCGUGUUAGACCACUCUAGUAGAGUGUGAUUAGUCGUAGUAGUGGAGUAGUACUGUCUAAGACACGAAUAAAUGAAUGAAAGAAUUUCAGACGAAAUAGAACUGCAACAAGAAAAAUAAAGAUGGGAGUUCACGGCACGCUCGCAUCUCACCUUCUGAAGGAUCCGGCAGAGCUUUAUUACAAUCACGACAGAGUGAUAGCCUUAGCCACGUCGCCUUCAAGUACUAUUGUCGGACCACUGCAGUCGUCGUCGUCGAGGACCACAUCUUGCACAGAAGAAUCCAUGUCGAUGCGCUCUUCCUCUUCAAUUCCGGUGUCAUCCUCAUUCCUAUCGUCGAGAUCCUCAUUCCUGUCCUUCCCCGCCGCGUUACAAGCAGCAGAGUCAGGGGCUGACUUCCUAGAAGAUUUUUCCGCUAAGUACAAGCGGAUACGGGAGUUGCAGUCAACACAGGAGAACUUUGACGCCUGGCAAAGCUCUAGAGAUCCACAUACGAAGAAUCUCUUGAAGCGUUUACAGAAUAAACUAGAUGAGUAUUUGAAAAUAGUGGGCGGUGGAGGUGGAGAGAAGGGUGCUGAUGGGGAGGAAGUGACGAAGAAAUAGUUCGAUUUUGAUUUUGAUUUGCUGCUUUCAUUGAACGAAGUCGUGUCGAUUGAAACAGAAAGCUAAGCAUCCAGAUGAUGCUGCGGCUGCGCAAAGUUCGUCUCCUGUACGAGAUGAAUGAUGUCCAGAAGUCCCCCACUAUUGCAGGGAAGAUAUUGCGAUCGUUAGUUCGAGUACAUUUUCUAGAAAUGUAAUAAAAGAGCAAAAUAUCAGAACCAGAGGGAGAGAAGGGAAGACGUUUUUCUGAGUGGAUUGAUGCAGAGUCAUAUGAGUGCUACUGCUAAAACAUAAACAUGGAACAUGGCAAUUUCGAGAAAUGAGUUCUUCGUCGAUAU